AGGAACGAGAGUUCUGACUCGGUCGUGACUCAGUGAUAUUCCCCAAUUCGAUCCUCCCAGGAACCGCAGUCACAACCUUUUUCAGAUUUAGAGAGAGAAAGAGAGUGAAGGGGAGAGAGUGUCAGAGGCCAAAUCGAAGGGUUCCUCUGAAGCUUCUCUUCUUGGUUCGAUUCGAUCAAAAAGGGUUUCUUCUUCUUCUUCUUCUUCUUCUUCUUCUUCUUCUUGUAAUGGAGUUGAAGAAAGACAAGCUUGUCCGGUUUUAUUCGGAUGGAAAACGAAGAAAAGAGGCUUUGUGGGGAGUGAAUGAUCCUAUGAGCAAGUCAUCACACAAACUUUCAUUGUCUUCAAUGCUGAAACCUGAUAAUGUCUUGUCUGGAAAUAGUAUCAGAUACACUGAUUCAUCCAAAGUUGGCAAAUCUAAGAGCUUUCAAGUGGCUGAAGUCCCAUGGUAUAAGAGAAUCCUUGACCCCGGAAGCGACAUUGUCUUGCAAUGGAACUGGGUUUUCAUCGUAUCGUGUAUGGUUGCCCUCUUCAUCGACCCCCUUUACUUUUUCGUUCCUGCAGUGGGAGGGGACUCAAAGUAUCCAUGUGCAAAGACGGACACGAGUUUGAGAAUUGUUGUUACUUUCUUCAGGACAAUUGCCGAUAUCUUUUACUUGUUGCACAUUGUUAUCAAGUUUAGGACAGGUUAUGUGGCACCGAAUUCUACUACUCGAGUGUUUGGGAGAGGUGAACUUGUGAUGGACCCGAAGAUGAUUGCUCGAAGGUAUCUCAGAUCCGACUUUAUCAUCGAUCUGAUCGCAACCUUACCGCUUCCACAGAUAGUUAUCUGGUUUGCCAUGCCGGUGGCGAGAAGUUAUCGGUUUGAUCACAACAACAACGCCCUUGCUUUAAUUGUCUUGCUACAAUACAUUCCCAGAUUUUACCUCAUCAUUCCUCUAAGUUCUCAAAUCAUCAAAGCAACUGGUGUGGUUACAAAAACUGCUUGGGCUGGAGCUGCAUACAAUCUCUUGUUGUACAUGCUGGCAAGCCAUGUGCUUGGAGCGGCAUGGUAUAUAUUGUCGGUAGAUAGAUAUACUUCGUGCUGGAAAUCGCGAUGCAGAAAAGAGGAAGGUUCCCUUGGUUGUCUUCUAUAUUACUUGGACUGUGAUUCCAUUUACGAUAGUAGCCAGAUGACAUGGGCAAAGGUCACUAACGUGUUCAAAUCAUGCGAUGCACAAAAGGGUGACUUCAAGUAUGGCAUAUUUGAGAAUGCAAUCACAAAGAAUGUGGUGUCUUCAAAGUUUUUUGAGAGAUAUUUCUACUGCUUGUGGUGGGGGCUUCAACAACUUAGUUCGUAUGGCCAGAAUUUGACCACGACAACAUUCAUCGGGGAGACCAUGUUUGCAGUGCUCAUUGCUAUCUUGGGUCUUGUUCUAUUUGCCCAUCUGAUUGGGAACAUGCAGACAUACCUGCAAUCUUUAACUGUCCGCCUCGAGGAAUGGAGACUCAAGAAAAGAGACACAGAGGAAUGGAUGAGACAUCGCCAACUUCCAGAAGAUCUGAAACACCGUGUGAGACGUUUUGUGCAAUACAAGUGGUUGGCAACCAGAGGAGUUGACGAAGAAGCUAUUCUUCUCAGCUUACCAACUGACCUUCGUCGUGAUAUUCAACGCCAUCUAUGCCUGGAUCUUGUCCGACGUGUGCCAUUUUUCUCCCAGAUGGAUGACCAGCUUCUUGAUGCCAUAUGUGAGCGUCUUGUUUCGUCUUUGUGUACAGAAGGAACCUAUCUUGUACGUGAAGGUGACCCGGUAACGGAAAUGCUCUUCAUCAUCAGAGGCAGACUCGAUAGUUCAACUACCAACGGAGGCCGGACUGGUUUCUUCAACUCCAUCAUACUCCGACCUGGAGAUUUCUGUGGGGAGGAGCUUCUUUCAUGGGCCUUGCUUCCAAAAUCGACCCUUAACUUGCCUUCCUCGACAAGAACAGUGAGAGCUCUCGUGGAAGUUGAAGCAUUUGCCCUACGAGCCGAAGAUUUGAAAUUUGUUGCGAACCAGUUCAGGAGACUCCACAGCAAGAAGCUUCAGCAUACAUUCCGAUUCUACUCCCACCAUUGGAGAACUUGGGCUGCUUGUUUCAUACAAGCUGCAUGGCGCAGGUACAAGAGGAGGAUGAUGGAAAGCAAUCUAGCUGCAACGGAAUCAUCGUACCCUACGGACGAGAAAGACACCGAUGGGUCUGGACAUGGGAACGAAGAACAGCAAGAAGAAGCAGAAGGGUCGGUGGGGCUGAGCCCGAAAAUGAACCUCGGGGUCAUGGUCUUGGCUUCACGGUUUGCAGCUAACACGAGACGAGGAGCUGCUCAGAGGGUAAAGGAAGUUGAGAUGCCUCGGUUAAAGAAGCCGGAAGAGCCCGACUUCUCGGCUGAGGCCGACGAUUUACUGGUUUGAACGGAAAGCUUCAGACUUUUUACAUUCAGACGAUCUGGAUCAGGACCCGAUACUCGAAAAAGUAAGAGACUGGACAGUGCAGAUGGAUAUUCUUCCGAGUUCUUGGUGAAGAACAAUGCCUGCCAUUGUACAUUAUUAGCAAUGCAAUCACAGAUGGAGUCAAGUGUACUGAUACUACAAUAUUUAAAAGAACAGAUUUUUUUUUUCUCCCACAAAUGGAUUUUGUUUGCCUUUUGAAGCAAAUAUUUCAUUUUUCAUA